UUAAUAUGUGAAUUGAAUUUUUUGAUUAAAUUCUAGCUCUAACAAACAAAUAUAUAUGUGUGCACUAUUGCUAGUUUUUAUGAUCGAAACUUAUGUUCAUUAAAAAUAAAAGGUUUCAUUAGUUUUCGAGAAGGAAUUUUAUUUAAAAAUUAUUAAAAUUUUCCAUCAUUUUAAUAAUACGAUAGUAUUAAGUGAGAAUUUAUUGAUUUGGUAUAAGAAUAGCAGUUGUAGCAAUUGUUGAUGUUACGAGUCUAAUAACUUAUUGCCAGCAGCAGUUGGCUCAUGUUAUGCAUGCAAUGAACAAUGUUCUUCAUAGUCAUCUUCCUACUACCCAGUGGCUACAGUGAUAUUAAAGGGAUUAUAAGCUAGAAGGCUGCAGUGACAAAUAUAGAAACAAUGACUUUCUACUUUCAGUACAUAUAUUCAUUACUUUUAUACACAAUUAAUAAUAAACAUUUACUUAAUUUUAACAAUGAAAUUCACAAAUACAAAACUCGAGCCCCCAAUAAUUUACAUUUACCUGCAGUUAACCUAACAAAGACAAAGCUGUGCAUAGAGUGCACAGCCCAGUAAAGCAUCAGAGGAGGCUACAGAAAUGUCACUUGGUGUCUCUUCACUCAGGAGUAUGUCUGUCAGUCACUGGAAACUUCUAACUCAUCUGAAAGAAUGUGUGUCAAAAUCCUGUUCAAAUGAAAAAGGAAUUCUUUUUGUUCUCAGUAAAGAAUGGGUUUCUGUGCUGCAGAAAUUGCGUAUGAUUUAUGGUUCAGUAGACUCACAAAUAAGAAAGAACUGUGAUUCAAAAAGUGCUAUAGUUAACGAGCAAAUUAAAGCUGAGAAGGGUUGUUCUCAGACAGAUUCCAAAGAAGCUGUACCAAAGGAAGACAAUGGUUACAGUUUGCCACAAGUACAGACUGGUUUUAAGCCGAAAAAGAAUUCGGUUCAAAAUGUUGAAGUGUGUAAAGAACUAAUGCCAAAAUGGAAAUUGUCAAAAGAAGCCAUGUCAAAGGUAAAGAAGAUGGUCUACCAUUAUUUAAGUAUAGUAAAGAAUUCGGUUCAAAAUGUUGAAGUGUGUAAAGAACUAAUGCCAACAUGGAAAUUGUCAAAAGAAGCCGUGUCAAAGAUCCACAACAAUUCCAGAACAAGACAUGUAAUAGUGUCAGCUGCAAGUGCUGAAACUGUUCAGUCCAGACUGAAACGUCUUGAGGAUUUAGCUAGUCAUCUGAAUCAGUAUCCUGAGGCCAGGCACUAUGCUACUAAGGAAGGAAUAAUUCGCGUGUUGCUUCAGAUGCGCAAAACAGCAGAUGAUGAACCUACACUAGCUGUUUUGAGGGAAAUAUUGGCUGUACUUGGCCAUGUUGAUCCUUUGCCUGGUAGAGGUAUUAGGAUUCUUUCAAUUGAUGGUGGCGGAAUAAGAGGUGUACUUGUCAUAGAACUGUUAAAGAAGUUGGAAGAGCUCACUGGAAAAAGGGUAUAUGAAAUGUUUGAUUAUGUCUGUGGUGUUAGUACAGGAGCCAUACUUUUGUGCGUUCUUGUACCACAGAAGAAAACAUUGACAGAACUGUCAGAAAUGUAUAAAGAAUUGAGUACCAAAAUAUUCACGCAGAGUGCAUUUUGGGGAACAAGUAACUUGGUAUGGAGUCACUCAUACUAUGACACGGAGAUGUGGGAACAGCUCCUCAAAUUGUAUGUUGGAGAAACUUCACUUAUGAGGACAGCUAGAGAUCCCUUAAUGCCCAAGUUGUCUGUGAUUUCAACUGUGGUAAACUUGCCAAGAGUAACAGCCUAUGUAUUUCGAAAUUAUUCUUUGCCAUAUAAAGUUCAGUCACCGUACAUGGGAGGUUGCAAGCACAAAUUGUGGGAGGCUGUAAGGGCAUCUGCAGCAGCGCCAUCAUACUUUGAAGAAUACAGAUUAGGUGAUUUAUUACAUCAAGAUGGUGGUCUCUUGGUAAACAAUCCAACAGCUGUGGCUCUCCAUGAAGCAAAGCAGUUAUGGCCUGGUUGUCCAGUCCAGUGUGUAGUCUCAUUUGGUACCGGGCGCACAAAUCCAGCAGUAUGUAGUGAAGAUGUUAAUAGUUCAUCCUGGAAAACAAAAUUUUUCAAAAUACUUGACAGUGCAACAGACACAGAAGCUGUUCACACGAUGCUUAAUGACCUUCUGCCUGAUGGUGCAUAUUUCCGAUUCAAUCCGUAUGUGACUGAAAUGGUGACAAUGGAUGAAAUUCGUCCAAACAAGAUAGGUCAGUUGGAACAAGAUGCAACCAUGUAUUAUCGCCGUAAUAAGGAAACAUUUCAAGAAGCAGCAAAAUCAUUAAUGCAGUCAUCUACACUCUCACAGAAAGCUCUUAAUUGGAUAAGGCUUCAGAGAGAGAUGUUGGGGAUGAAGUAGUAUUCAUUAUAAAGAAUCUUGCCAAAUUCUGUCAUGGUGACUUGUAUGCACCAAAACUUAGAUUUGUACCAUAGAGUCAGUGCACUGCCAAGUACAGCAAUUCGUGUGAACUUCAAAUAAUGUUACACAAUAAGUUGCAUGCAGUCUGAGUGUCUCCCUCAGUUUUCAUCUCAAAUAUCAGCUGUUUAAAUGUAAGAUUAAAAUAAGAAAGAGAAUAGACUAGUUGAAGAGUUUGUGCACUGAACCAGCAGAUGUUAAAAGGGUAUAUGUCUUUGUUCAGAAAAUAUUGCAUUGUCAGUUUCAUACUCUAACACACUUUCCUCUCCCUUUCAGACUGAAGUAGAAUUCACAUUGUGGUUAUAGAACUCGACUGUUUUAAAUAAAAUAGAUUCCAUAAAUGUUUUAAAUUUGUGGUGGUUGUAUUCUGUGUAUGUUACAUGGUAAGAUCACAUCUUUAAUUGUGAAACCAUGUGAAAAUGACAGCUUCAUAUUCUGUACAUACUAUUUUGUAUCUGUAUUCAUCUAUAAAAAUUGUAUGAUUAUCCUGCUGUUGUACAGUGUAUAUAUAUACUUCCCACAAAUAAACUAUUCUUCUCUCUCAUUUGCAUAGCUGUGAUAUAUGUUGAUUUGUUCUUUAUCAGUGUUAAAAUUUAGGCUGUAUAAAAUAUAUUUGUGUAAAUAAUAUGUACUUGUUAUGCUGUAUACUUUAUAUGAAGAGUACAAUUACAUCAACUUUAUGUACA